AACUGAGUUAGCACAGUUAGGACGAUAUUCGAAAAGAAACGCCGGAGAAUCCAGAGGAACUAGAUUGACACUCUUGCUCUACUCCUCCAUAUUCUCUCUCUCUCUCCCCCCCUCAGACUCCAAGAACCCCAAAAUCUAGGGUUUUAAUUUUUCAUCCACUCUUUCGAACAGAAAUAUAGAAAUUAAUCCGUCUGAAGGAACUAGAAGACAUGCAGUCAAAAUCUGCAGGUGCAAAUCGAGCGGAACCAGAUCCACGUGUCAUUCAACCAAAUUCUGUUCAUUCCGAGCCUUGGUGGCGCAGUAUUGAUUACAGUACCAUCUCUCCAGCGGUACCAGGGGGAAAUGCAUUCAAUUUUUCUUCACCUGAUGGCCCAAAUGGUUCAUUGUCAAAUGAUGAUGAAUCACUGUCAAAUGAAAGACUCAAUGAGAAUGAUGACGAUGCUAGCAAAGCAUCACAGGCCACUGCAUCUGAACGAUCAGUUGUGAAUUGUGGACAAGAACACACAACUGUGCGUGAUGUUUCUUCAAGUGUGACUACAAGGCAUGAUGGGUGCCUGACACAACCUCCACAGCUUGAACUUGUUGGUCACUCUAUUGCAUGCACAUCAAAUCCAUACCAGGAUCCAUAUUACAGCGGAAUGAUGGCAGCUUAUGGGCAUCAACCUUUGAGUUAUUCUCAUCUCCUGGGAAUGCAUCAUGCAAGAAUGCCAUUACCGCUUGAGAUGGCCCAGGAACCUGUUUAUGUAAAUGCCAAACAGUACCAAGGGAUUCUGAGGCGAAGACAGGCACGUGCAAAAGCAGAACUUGAGAAGAAGCUGAUAAAAGUUAGAAAGCCAUAUCUUCAUGAGUCCCGGCACCAGCAUGCUAUGAGAAGGGCAAGGGGUAUUGGAGGACGUUUUGCAAAGAAAACUCACGCGGAUGCUUCCAAGAACACCACAGAGGGAAAGGGCAAUGAUUCUGGUCCAGGACCCACACCUCAGUAUGGCCGUUCAUCAGGUUCUGAGCGAUUGCCAUCAGAUUCUGCUGAGGUGUGGGUUUUACCCCAUGGCCAACAGGUGGCAAGGUCAUCCCAAGUGCAUGGAACUUCUGAAACUAAUGACCAGGUAAAUGGAGGCACUUUUUAUCACAACUGCAGUGGCUUGCAGACCUCGACACGCCAUUCUCACUCAAUUGAAAAGAGGGACGAGGGAGACUGUUCAGGCCAACAACGAGGGCGCAUUUCAUCAAACCAGGCCUCACAGAGGCCUGUUGCUAUCCAGUGAACUCUAGUACGCUAUGUGGAUUGCAAUAAGGAUUCAAUUCACCAAUUAGAGACAGAUGAAUCCUUAUAUUGGAUAAUCACAUACUUGGCAACGUUUUGCCACACGGCAAUUCAUUCUUGGCUUUGUUUUGUGUUUGUGACUUAAGAUGAUGAGAGGGAAACAGGGGAUGAAGAGGCAGUUUGUUGGCUCUCUAAGUAGGCCAAUGCUCGUCUUUCCUGUGUACAUAAACCUGUUUAAUAAAUAGGAGAAGAAAAUAGUCCAUGAAGAGAUUUUACAUGGGGCAGCAGCUCGUGUUUAGUUUAUAGUAGGAAUUGUGCUCGUUGGACAAUUGUUCAUCUGUUUGCAAUUGGACGGUGGAUAUUUUAUUUCUUUUGCCUUUUA